AUGAGGAAGUACCUCAACGACGGACAUGCAGAGGUAGUUACCGAAGCGGAGCAAGCACCAACAGAGCAUAUUUACUAUAUGCCACACCAGGCGGUUGUCCGGGAGAAUUCAACGACAACGAAGCUCAGAGUUGUCUUUGAUGCGUCCUCGCAUGCCCCGGGGACCGCAUCUCUGAACGCGCAUCUCGAAAAGGGACCGAAGCUAAACACGGAACUACUGCCGCUGCUGCUGCGCUUUCGGACGGUCAAGGUCGCUCUGGUGGCGGACAUUGCCAAAGCGUUCCUCCAGAUUGUAGUCAGGGAAGAGGAUCGUGACGCACUUCGUUUCCUGUGGUGUAACGAAACGCCGAAGGAAGAUGGUCAGUUGCCCAACGUGGAAGUCUGGAGAAUGACCAGAGUACCGUUCGGUACAACCUCCAGUCCUUUCCUUUUGUCGGCGACAAUACGGUACCAUCUAAAGAAUGUGGAAAAGCACCUACAGGAAACGGCAGCGCAUCUUGCAAAUUCCUUUUAUGUGGAUGACCUAUUGACUGGCGCUUCAAGCGAGGAUGAAGCUGAACAACUGUACAAGGACGCGAAUACCGUCAUGAGGUCGGCUGGGAUGGAGUUAAGAAAGUGGGCAUCGAAUUCCCCGGCUCUCAAUAGCCUCUUCGCAGAUCACGAGCCACGCUUAGAAGAGCACUACGCUGCAACCAUAGAAACAGGACUUUUGGGAUUACGGUGGAAUCGACACACUGACAGCAUCAAGCUCACGGAAUGCAGCCCACCCAACACCACGUCGGCGGGCAACACGAAACGCUCGGUGCUGCAGCUCUCAGCCUCGAUUUUCGACCCACUUGGUGUUGCCAGUCCAUUCACGAUACGGGCUCGCAUGCUCUUCCAGCGCAUCUGGCAGCAUGGUCUUAAUUGGGACGACGAACUACCUGAAGAAAUAGCUUUGGAGUGGAAGCGCUGGUGCGAGGAACUGCCGGACAUGGCAAGAAUCGAAAUACCUCGCUAUGUGAGCGAAGGGGUUGAAGACAUUGCGAACGCAAUCCAGGUGCACGUCUUCACGGACGCCAGUCAGUCGGCUUACGGAGCCACCGUAUACCUGCGCACAGAGGACGUCAAUGGAAAGGUCGUGGUCACGCUUAUGGUUGCUAAAGCACGAGUUGCGCCGCUAAAAACACUGACCCUACCCCGCCUAGAACUCAUGGGAGCUCUAAUAGGAUGUAGGCUGGCCAAAAGCCUUUUGGGUUCGCUCUCUCACCUUCCCCUCCAGCUAAUCUUCUGGACAGACUCGAACAUCGUACUCUGUUGGAUUAAAGGAUCGGCACUGCGGUGGAAGCAGUUUGUACGCAACAGGGUGACAGAAAUUCAAACUGCAACCGAUCCAGCUGCUUGGAGGCACUGUCCAGGGGAGCAAAAUCCAGCGGACCUGCUCACAAGAGGUGAAAGCAUGGAGAAACUGCUACACAGCAAGAUAUGGUUUAGAGGCCCUGCAUGGUUGUCGGAGUCGGCGGAGUUAUGGCUCAGCGGCACGCACGAACCACAGGUGAACGAAGAGACUGUAGAAGCAGAACGGGUAAAGAUACAAGUGCUCUUCGUGAACACUGACACUACUACUUCCAGCCUACUGAGGCUAGAGAACUACAGUAGUUGGUAUUUCGUGUUGAGGCUCACAGCAUGGAUUCGCCGCUUUGCAGACCGUUGCAGGCGAAAGAACAGGCGGCAAGGGCCCCUAACUGCUAAUGAGGUUCAUGAGGCGGAGGUCCAUUGCGUUAAAGAGGCACAAAGGUCCGAGUACUACAAGGAGUUGCAGGAGCUCGCAGGUGGGGGCAUAGUGAGCCAGAAGUCUCCGAUCGCCCUCUUGCAGCCAGUUCUGGACCAGGAUGAUAUUUUAAGGAUCUCGGGACGGUUGCAGCACUCGACAUUGCCAACGGACGUAAGACAUCCGGUGCUCCCCCCGCACGGACACAGAGUCACCGAACUGAUCGUUGAGGCGGCUCAUCGACGGCUUCUCCACGGGGGUGUGCAAGACACCAUAACCGAAGUGCGAGAGCGAUAUUGGGUACAGCGAUGUCGGCAACUAGUCAAAAAAGUUCUGUUUCGAUGCAACGCAUGCAAACGACACCGGGUAAAGCCAGCGUCGGCACCUGUUGCACCACUGCCCAGCGAGCGGGUGACUGAGAACCGGCCAUUCCAAGUGGUUGGGAUAGAUUUCGCGGGACCGUUGAUCAUCACACCAGCAGGUGGAGGCAACAAUAAGUCUUACAUAGCGCUAUUUACAUGCGCAGUCACCCGUGCAGUGCACUUGGAACUAGUAUCGGAUAUGACGACUCAAAGUUUUCUCCUGGCGUUCAAACGUUUCACUUCCCGGCGAGGGCUUCCAUCGGUUAUCUACAGCGACAACGCCGCAACCUUCAAGAAGGCCGAGAAGCAAGUGUGGAAAGCACUGAAAGACCCAGCCUUCCAGGACCACCUCACCACCGUAGGAAUUAAUUGGAAAUAUAUCGUCGAACGCGCGCCCUGGUGGGGCGGUUUCUGGGAGCGACUGGUGAGAAGUGUCAAGACUGCGCUAAGAAGGACGCUCGUGAAGAACUGCUUCAGCUUCGAGGAGCUCACCACUGUUUUACAUGGCGUAGAGGCAGUCAUCAACUCUCGCCCUCUGACGGCUGUGAACGAUACACCAGAAGACAGAGAGCCACUGACACCGGCCCACUUCCUGGUAGGGAAGCGGGUGACUUCUUUGCCACCUUUCGACAUCAACCUUCAGGGGCCGACCACAGACACGCGGGCGUACUGGAAGCUUCAUCAACAACUACUAGAUCGUUUUUGGAAACGUUGGGGAACUGAAUAUCUUCUGCAGCUGCGGUCCGCCCAUAGUGUCAAAUCCACCGGUGGAACGACACCGCUUCGCGUCGGGGACCUGGUCAUAGUGCACAAUGAAAAGCUGCCUCGGCACAUGUGGAAGACAGGACUGGUUGUGGAGCUGUUUCCCGGAAGAGAUCGUAACGUCCGUGCGUGCGCUGUAAGAUUGACUGAUGGGACAGUGCUACGGAGACCAAUUCAGUUGCUGUAUCCAUUAGAGGUUUAUUGA